AUGACAUCUACAGUAAGAACGAAAAAGUUUUUCAUCGAUUCAUUGUUGGAGGAGAGACAAAAGAAAUUGGCAGAAGCUAAAGCUCAAGAAGAAUCAGAAGAGCGAGAGAAUUGUGAUGGCAUCUGCAGCGACGAGGGAGGCGAUGACAAGAUGUAAGUUGAAGUUACCCUACCCUACCCUACCCUACCCUACCUUACCCUACUCUACCCUACCCUACCCUACCCUACCCUACCCUACCUUACCCUACCCUACCCUACCCUACCCUACCCUACCCUACCCUACCCUACCCUACCCUACCCUACCCUACCCUACCUUACCGUGUCCUACUGUGUCCUACCCUAUCGUACUAUACCUUAUCCUAUUCUACCCUUCUUUUUCUUAUUUUAACUUACAUACAUGAUCCAAAACCUUAACUUCUUUUCUAUAUUAUAGUAGAUCCUCCCCAUCAACCGAUCAAUCCCAAACCGAGUCUGGCUGUGAAUCGACCAAGAAUUCGGAAACAACGACCAGUGGCAACUGCUCUCCGCGAUUAGAAACCAAUGUCAAUUUUAAUGCCAAUCCUUUUGUUAUGUCAGCGUUAGCACAGAGUAUGGCUUCGUCCAACAAUUUUAUGCAAAUGUUUGCCAAACUAUGUCAGAAUGGAAACAAUAACCAUAUUGUGAGUUUAAAUUUUCAAAUUUAAUUUUUUAUUUAAUUUUAAAAAAUUUAAAAAAGUUUUUUUUUAAAUUUAAACACCUUAAUUAUGUACUAUGUUAUCUAUAAUAGUACAAUAUAUCGGUCUGAAACACUAAGCCAAUAAUUGCCGUGGUUUCAGGCUAAUCCCCAGGCCUUGGCCCAGUCCGUGGAAUGUUUUAAUCGCCUCCAGGCUUUAAGUGCACAGCCAGCCGGUUGGACCAAAAGUGACGAUGUGGCCAAACAGAAUACGGCACGAGUCUUCCAAACCCUAACACAACAUCCGGCUUUCCGCGGAAUGCUCUUGCCCAAGAUUCAGAAGACGCUUCAGAACGGGGGUGAGUAGAUGGUUACUGUAACUAUUGGUUGAGACAUUAUAGGGGUACUGUAACUUUUUAUUGGUAGAACUUUUAAGGUUACUGUAACUUUUUUAUACAAAGUAAGGAGAAGUUUAAAGUUACUGUAAGUAAAUUUUAUACAAAAGAGUUUCAAAAUUACUGUAACUUUUUAGUAAACUAAACUUUAGGAUUACUGUAACUUUUUACAAACAAUUUUCAUAAUUUCAAAUUUUAGGUAACAUUCAAACCGCCCUAGCCAGUCUAGCCGACGAGCUUCGACAAAAAGCAACCCAAGCAUCAACGCCAGCCACCCAAACAUCUACAGUAUCCAAAUUUCAAGAUUCGUAUCGACGAGUAGGUCGAGAUGGUCGACCAGCACCUCGCAGCUCAAAUGUCAAGAAGUAUCGAUGUGACGUUUGUGAAAAGACCUUUUCGAGAAGCAACACCUUGAUCACUCACAAGCGGAUUCACACUGGGGAGAAGCCGUUCCAAUGUGAACAUUGUGGCCGUGCCUUCAGACAGCCAGGGAACCUAACACGUCAUAGGCUUACACAUACCACGGUAAAACCGUUCGUAUGUUCGGAAUGUUCGAAAGCCUUUAAUAGGGCAUCGAAUUUGCAUACUCAUAUGAGGACCCAUGUUCAGACUGGCAAUUCGUGGAGCUCACAUCAAUGUCAGAAGUGUGCCAAGUCUUUCGCUCUGAAGACGGAACUCUUGACACAUGUUUGUGAGAUUCAACCCAACCUUGACGAUCUUGACGAGUAG